UCUGAAGAAGCUAAAGGUCUCUCACCGGACCUUUAUCAACAAUCACUAGAAGAAGAAGAAGAAGAAGAAGAUGCUGUUUCAGGUGGGAGGCGAUGGCACACGCCCUACCUUCUUCGAGAUGGCUGCGGCUCAGCAGCUUCCAGCUAGCCUCCGCGCCGCUCUCACAUACUCACUCGGCGUUUUUGCUUUGAGAAGAUCGUUUCUUCAUAAAAUCUUAGACUACGAGGACGAGUUCUAUGCUGCUCUGAUGCUUGUUCUCGAAGGACAUAGCUUACGAACCACAGAUGCUUCGUUUGCUGAAUCAUUGUAUGGUUUGAGGAGGAAGUCAGCGAGAUUGAGGUUGAGGAAAGGUUCCGGAGAAGAAGAAGUUCAACAUUCUGGGUUAGAGAAACGCCAGAGGAUCCUUUCUGUUGUGUUUCUGGUUGUGUUACCUUAUUUCAAAUCGAAGUUGCAUGCUAUAUAUAACAAGGAGAGGGAAGCGAGGCUCAGGGAAAGUUUAUGGGGAAUGGUGGAUCAAGGGUUUGAUGAAGCUGACUUCUUCACAGGAGAGGAGCCAGUUGUUUCAAGAGGGGAUAGUGGGAAUCAAGAGGUUUCUGUUCGAGUGCAGUUAGCUACAAAGAUUAAAAAGUUUAUAUCUGUGUGCUAUCCUUGGAUACAUGCAUCAAGUGAAGGAUUAUCAUUCAGUUACCAGCUCUUAUAUCUACUGGACGCUACUAGAUUCUAUUCUCUCGGCCUUCAAGCUCUUGGGAUCCAAGUUUGUCGAGCCACAGGGCAAGAACUGAUGGAUACUUCUUCAAGAAUUUCAAAGAUACGGAACCAUGAGCGUGAGAGACUUCGUGGUCCUCCAUGGUUAAAAACAGUGCAAGGGGCUCUUCUUACCUGUUCAUAUGCGGUUCUUGACUACGCCCAAACCGGUUUGAUUGCAGCAGUUUUUAUCUUUAAAAUGAUGGAAUGGUGGUAUCAGUCUGCUGAAGAAAGAUUGACAGCUCCAACUGUGUACCCUCCACCUCCACCUCCUCCAGCCCCAAAGGUGGCUAAAGAAGGAAUCCCUCUACCUCCAGACAGUUCGCUCUGUGCCUUAUGCUUGCAAAAACGUGCAAACCCAUCAGUUGUCACAGUCUCUGGAUUUGUUUUCUGCUAUGCUUGCGUGUUCAAGUAUGUCACAAAGUACAAGCGAUGUCCAGUGACAUUGAUCCCGGCAAGCGUGGAUCAGAUAAGGAGGCUGUUUCACGACACUUAAGGACAAUCUGUUUUAUGGUUUUAAGCCAGACGGUGUGAGCUUUGUUCUCAAUCUCGGUUUGGAGAUGGUGCAACCAGAGUCUAAACCGGAAGAGCUAAAAGUCUUCCAAGUGACACUCUUAAUUCCCCAAUUGGGUUAUGUAUAUUUAGAUAAAUGGAUACGCUUUCUUCUAUAGAGUUCAUCAAGUUUGGGAUCUUGUAUAGCAAGAAAGCUGUGUUACGCCUAACCAAAGCUGAAUUUAACGAGGACAAAGAAAGCAAACAUGUUUUUCUUUUCCUUAGGUUCACAAACAAACAUCAUUUCGUUUUCAUUUGAAACAAAACAACUACGUGUUGUUCUUCCAUAAGUAAAACAAGACUUCCAAAGAAAAAUGAUUCUGUCCAAAACAUUAAUGCCGUUCAAGUGACUCCCAACUGAAACCCAUUGAAGAGGAGAGCCGGCUUAAAAAUCAAGAAAAGCAAAGCUUGUGUUCCUUGUAAGAAAA